AUGAUGUUAGUCAAUCAAACAGCAAUCACUGAGUUCAUUCUUUUGGGAUUCUCUAAUCUCCACCAGUUCCAGCUUCUCCUUUUUUUGGUGAUUCUCUUUAUUUAUACCAUGAACCUGUUGGGGAAUAUUCUUAUCAUCCUUAUUACAACGAUAGAUCCAGCUCUUUCCAGCCCUAUGUACUUCUUUCUCUGCAAUUUGUCCUUCCUGGAAGUCUGUUUCACAUUAGUUGUUGUCCCCAAGUUGCUGGUGAAUCUUAUAUCCAAGAAUAAAGCAAUCUCCUUCUCUGGGUGCAUGACACAGAUGUUCUUCUUUUUCUUCUCUGGCACUGUAGAGUACUUCCUUCUGGCUGCCAUGGCCUAUGACCGCUAUGUUGCUAUAUGCAAUCCUUUGCGCUACAGUGUUAUUAUGAAAAGGAGGGUUUGCAUCCAACUAGUGCUGGUCUCAUGGAUCUCUGGAUUUCCUGUGGGGAUUGUGCAGAUCACAUGGCUUUUCACUUUCCCAUUCUGUGGGCCAAAUGAAAUGAAUCACUUCUUUUGUGACAGUCCCCCUGUGUUGGAGCUGGUGUGUACAGAUUCCUCUUUGUUUGAGAUGUAUGUCCUUGUGGCCACUAUUAUAAUUAUUGUGAUCCCCUUUGUGCUGAUCCUGGUAUCCUAUGCCUGUAUCCUCUCCACUGUUCUGAAGAUGAGGUCAGCAGAGGGACAACGCAAAGCCUUUUCUACUUGCUCCUCUCAUCUCAUGGUGGUGACUCUGUUCUAUGGCACAGGCAGUUUGACCUACAUCCGGCCUAAAACCAGUUACUCCUCUGACACCAGAAAGCUAUUAUCUCUGUCCUACGCAGUCAUUGUCCCUAUGUUAAAUCCUAUUAUCUACAGUCUGAGGAACAAUGAGAUGAAGCAGUCCCUGAGGAGAAUACUCAGACGGAAAUUAUACGUAUUCUAG